AUGACCAACGCAUCGCCAAACCUGGCCUGGGUUUUCGAGAAGGCAAUACUUGUUUAUACACCCGAUUUCGAUGUUUCUUGUUUUGCUGUCCUUCGUAUUGCCCAUGAUAAAAGGGCCAACCAAGGAUCUAUCUCCCUUAAGAUUACGACAGAACUCGCUAACCUAAGCGGCAGAUCACCGCUGGCGUUGAACAUAUCCCCAGGAAUAGUCAAAAAGUGUAUAUUAGCCCGGAAAAGCAACGGCCUCCUCUGUCCGCCUGAGGAGCUCCGUGGAGUUUCCGAUGAGGAGUUAUGCCAAGUAUUAAUUCGAUCGGGACGGCGACAUCUGCUGGCCAAAAAAAAUUAUGAAGACAAUGAUCUGCCAUCCGAGUCUGAGACAGUCGAAAUUGCCAAUGUCGAGAUGCUAGAGCGCCGCCUCAAGCACAGCCUCAAACAACAUGUCGAUGAGACGAUUGAGCACCUCAAAUCACAAGUUGUCGGUGAUAUUGUCGAGAGUGCUUUAAAUGAGUGUGAUGAAGCGAUUGAGGGACGAUACAGAACUCACGAAGCCGACUUGGAGGAACAGGUCGACGACUAUAAGGUUGACCUAGGCAUUACGGCCAAUGACUGCACGAAGGAAAUAGAAGAACAAGCGCUACGGUGCAUGGAUGAUAUCGAGGGUCAGGGAAUCAAGGUUGAGAAGUCUGCGACAGAAAGAUUCGCAGAGCUCACGCGCUGCUUGAGUAAUUCUGCCGAGUCCCUACUUGAUAGCAAGUCUAGCCCAGGCCAGCGGCGCACUGAGGGCACUAAGGCUAGACGCAUUUCUAUUUAA